AUGUUCGGUGAGAAGGCUUCUAGCGCAGCGGGAUUUUUUCUAAACUGCCGGGCUGCCGUCAUAGUCGGCAUCAGAUGUGGACCUCGAGGCCUGCAGGAUACCGCUUGUCAGCUCCUAGUGGCUCGGAAAGUGGCCGUCUGGCAGAAUCAGGCACGUCCGGGCCCGGUUAUCUCGAAGGGUUCUGGGUCCCUCAUCAAUGCCGGUGCGCUCGUUGGCCUGUCAUCCCUUGGCCUCAACGCCGCAAGCGGCCUUCUCUGCUGGCCACGCGGCGGUGUCGGAAGCUUGUCGAUGUCCACAAUCCACGACGUCAGGCCAGUUUCCACUGGAAAAGUGAACACCGGAAAGUGGGUGACAUUCCAUAACGCUUCGAGCGGCGUCUGA